AUUUGAUUUAACAGGAAUCAUCACCUUGGAGAGCUCAAUUAGCAUUUGAAGAGGAAGAAGGCUACGAUCAGCGGAAGUCCUGUGGCAGAGUUGAGUAUCAAACGGGUAGUCCGCUUGCUCUUAUGCACUUUAGGGUUCGUGCCCACCAAUUGUUUGAAAGAUUGCCAAUGACGUUGGAUGGAUUUUGCGCGCAUUACGUGGAAUCCCUUAUCCGUUGAUGAAUCGAUAUGUUGCCUUUUUUCAUAUUGGGGCAUACUUUGUGGACAAGUUUUCAGCUUGAGGACCUUGACUCACGAUGGAAGUUAGUCUUUGAUGGUUCCUUGUACAAUAAAAACGCCGCAUAGUUGAUUAGGUGCCUUCUGUGUGUGCAGCCAAAAGAAUUAGUCUUUCAAUGGACGAGAAUGUGGGGUCCUCUUUGCCAGAAGAUAUCCUCGACUAGUUGUUUGCUUAUUCUAAAACCACAAGUCUAGCGGACGCCUCAGAAGUUCUUGCAAAAAUAUCAAGAAAUGCAGGCCGGCGUGCAGACUUGCUUCGAGUGUCCCUGCUUUGAUACUUGAUCUGAUUCAAGAGCACUUGGAAUAUUUGAAUUCUGAACUUUAGUUACCAUCACUGAAGCUUAUGAGGAACCUAUGUGCUUGGAGAGUUCGUAAAUCAGGAUACUUAAUCAAGAAGAAUGAUGUUAGGAUCAUUUUAACUGUCUUGAGGGCUCUGAUGCACACUACUGCCUUAGAUUGUGGAGCCGUCAGGAUAGCUCUCCAAGCUCUAGCAAAUGUCUCAUUGACUGGAGAGAGACACCGGCAAACUAUUUGGGUUCAAUUCUUUCCGAAUGAAUUUCUCAUGCUUGCAAGAAUUUGGAGCCAAGACAUAGUUGAUCCUUUGUGUAUAAUACCAUAUACUUGCCAAGAUGGGAACCCUGUACACCUGGCAGAGCUAUGUGGAGAUCCUGGUUUGUCUUUGGUGUCAGAAAUUGCUCAGACUUCUUUAGUAGUUGGAUUUCGAGAAGAAUGGUCUAGGUGGCUUCUCUCAGUAAUCUGCUUAGAAGAAUCACAUUUACCUACUUUAUUUGCCAAACUAGCUGUUGCUACUGCUUAUGACAGCAAAGAUGUCCAAAUGGGCUUUGAUGAGUUUUCACCGGAUCAAGCGUUUCUCAUUAGCAUCCUGUGAGAGAAUAAAUGAUGUCACCAUCUCUACCAAGUUUACAUUAUAUGCGGAUUCUUCAGAAAAGCUAGCAGGCUUGUUGAUUUUUCCAAGGGAGGGCAAGUUAGGUCUACCUAUAGGGUCCUCUCAUAUUGAUAUCCUUGGUUACACACUCACCAUGCUGAGAGAUAUAUGCGCACAGGAUGGUGUACGAAGACUCAUUGGAAAUACAAAAGACACAACAGGCACACUUUCUCCUCACGUCUUUUGGAUUCAAUUCUGAAUUUGCUCCGUGAACUUGAGCCUCCUUCAAUUAUCAGAAAAGCCAUUAAUCAGGGUCAGCACCAAGGGAAUGUAGAUUCUAAACAAUGGAAACAGUGCCCUUACAAAGGGUUUCGGAGAGACACUGUUGUAGUCACUAGCAACUGUUUGUACAGGAUGAGGAGCAUGUAGGAUGAGAUCAGAUGCAAGGAUGGGGUUAUUCUGCUUAUGCAGCAGUGCGUUGUGGAUGAAAAUAAUCCGUUGUUGAGAGAAUGGGGUAUUUGGACAGUCAGAAACUUGUUUGAGGGAAAUACCGAAAACCAACAAGCAGUUACUGAAUUGGAGCUCCAGCCUCCAGAGAACUAUUAAUAUACUGGAGAUUGCAGAGCUUGGGCUUCGAGUAGAGAUGGAUCAGAAGACUGGAAGACCAAAGCUUGUAAAUUCUACCUGAAAAUUGUCAAAUGUCUAUUAAUCCACUCGAUCAGCAUGCCCUUUUCAGUAGUUCUUAAAUUUUUCCAUGAUGUAUUUCUCUAAUGUUUUAAUCAACAGAAAUUUGCUCCAUGUUAUCCUG